GGUUUACAGUAUUUUAGCGGGUAUCAGCCCCCUGUAACUUCCAAAAUCACUCGCUAGGGUUUAUAUGAACCCUAAUUUCCUCUUUAACCCUUGAAUUCAUCAAUUCUCACGCUGAAAUUCAUCGAUUCUCCAUCACAGCAGUCAUGGAAUUUCCCAAGAAACGCAAAACCGAUGAGAACGGCAAUACCUCUCCCUCCUCCCCACCGCCUGCCGUCACAGCUCUCACCACCGAAGACGCCCGCAAAAUCCUUCAGUCUUUCACCCAGGAGCAAUUACUCGAUAUCCUCCAGGUUGCCGCCGUGACCCACCCUGAUGUAUUGGAUGCGGUGCGGGCCGUAGCUGACCGAGACGUCUCCCUCCGUAAGCUUUUCAUCCGGGGACUCGCUUCUGAGACCACCUCCGACUCCCUCCGUUCAAUCUUCUCCUCUUUCGGCCCACUCGAAGAGGCCAUUGUCAUCCUCGACAAGUCCACGGGAAAGUCUAAAGGUUAUGGUUUUGUUACUUUCAGUCAUGUAGAUGGAGCUGUUCUUGCGCUUAAAGAACCGAGCAAGAAAAUUGAUGGGCGGGUUACUGUUACUCAACUAGCCUCUGCAGGAAUGUCUGCUAAUUCCAAUACGGUCGACGUGUCUUUGAGAAAGAUUUAUGUGGGCAGCGUUCCUUAUGAUAUGCCUGGGGAGAAAUUGUUGCAACAUUUCUCCAUGUAUGGGGAGAUUGAGGAAGGACCGCUAGGGUUUGAUAAAGUUACUGGAAAGUCGAGGGGUUUUGCCUUCUUUGUGUACAAGACGGAGGAGGGUGCUAGGGCCUCACUAGUGGAACAAAUUAAGAACAUCGAUGGACACCAAAUUGUAUGCAAAUUUGCUGUGGAUAAUAAGAAAGUGAAGCCACAAGGCCAAGCCACCCCUGGAGUUGCGGGAAAUGGUGCUACCCGACCGCAACAACAGACUUCAGUCCCUGGUUCUAUGCCUGGCUCUCAGUAUGGUGCACCUGGCGGUUUGUAUCAGGGCCCAGGCUUUCCCAGCAGUAAUUAUGGGUCUGCAAUGCCACCUGUUGGCGGUGGUCCUGGAUUUCCGUCCAGUGGUGUUAGUGGUGGGUUUGCUGCUGGCUUGGGAGGUCCAUAUGGAGGUUUACAGUACGGGGGCCCUGCAGGUUCCGCCGAGUUUGGCGGAUUGGGCAAUGCAGGUUCUUCAAUGUAUCGGAUGCCCCCACCAGGUUCUGUAGGAGUUCAAUCUGGUGGUUAUCCUGAAGCUGGACAAUAUGGAAUGCCAUCUUCUUCACUGCCUACUCAGCAUCCCAAGCCAUCAUCUUUACCAAGAAAUCCACCGGGAGGGAUGUAUCAGGGUGCACCUCAUUACUAUUGAGGAGCCCCUUGUGAAUUCAUCUAGGAAGAACGAUAUCUAGCCUUUCCACUCAUCCAUCCUGAAUUAAUUGGAAUCAAACUCUUGCUGUUCCUUGGUUCAACGGAAAACAACAUUUAGUAUUUAGUUGGUAGUGUCUUUGGUGGCUUCUGUUUAUUUAAGGAUGGAGACAUGACAGUGGAACAAUACAUCAAGCAUCAACAAAAAUUAGACAGCUGAAAUUGACUGACUGUUUAUGUCAUGAGGAUUAGGGUUUCAAAGGUUCUAUUAUAUUCAAAAUCAAUCAAUUCUUGUUCUAAUUAUGAUACGUUUCUAUUCACUGGUUUAUUCAGUAUAAAGGAAUUUUUGAGUUGGCUGUUGAUUUGAAA